GAACCUUAGAAGAUUGAGAUACAUGAUGCCAAUUGAAACAAGGUGGCUGCCAGUUUAUAAUCACGGUAGCAGCAGGAAAGGCAACAGCACAACCAUUCUGCAUUUCUCAGUUCAUAUCUCUCUCAUUUAUCUUGUUAUCCUUGUCUACGAUUUUCUAGCAUCAAGAAUGGCUGAUGCACUGAUUUCAGUGCUAGUAGAAAAGUUGGGUUCAAUGGCUUUGGAGCGUAUCGAAGAAGAGGUGAGACUGGUUUUGGAUGUCAAGAAAGAAAUUGAAGAGUUCACUGGAAACCUUGAAGCUAUUCAAGCUGUGCUUGAAGAUGCAGAGCAGAGGCAAGUGAAGGAUGCCAGCGUCAGAAACUGGCUGGAUAAGCUGAAAGAAGUGUCCUACAAGAUGGUCGAUGUGGUGGAUGAGUGGAACUCUGAAAGUCUGAAACAACAAGUUGAGAAGCAAGAAAGAGAAGGACCAGAAGGUGGAAAAGCUCUUGCUAUCCAGAAGCAGAAGAAGAAGAAGAAGAAGAAGAAGAAGAAGGUAUGGUUCUCUAUUCCCUCUCAUUGCUUUUGUCUUGGCCAAGUCAGUCGGGUAAUUAUUCGUCGUGACAUUGCUCUCAAGAUUAAAGAUUUGAAUUCGAGGCUUUCACUGAUAGAUAAACAAAGACAAACAUAUAAGUUUCAAUACUUAGAGAGAGGUGUUGAGCAACCUGAACGACAAAACUUCAUCUUUUGUCGAUAUAUCAAAAACUUUUGGCCGUGAAAAUGAAAAGAAUAGUUUGAUAAGCAAGUUGUUGGGUGAGAGUCAAGAAGAAGAGAGGGGGCUCCUUGUCAUCCCUAUUGUAGGGAUGGGGGGUAUGGGAAAGACAACUCUUGCCCAACUAGUCUACAAUGAUGAACAUGUCAAAAGCCAUUUUGAGAAGAGGUUAUGGGUUUGUGUCUCUGACCCUUUUGAUGAGAUUAAAAUUGCCAAAGCCAUUAUUGGUGAGGAUGCCCCAAAUUCAACUGAGUUAGAUUACUGCUUGCAAUGUAUGUCUGAAUCCAUUAAGGGGAAAAGGGUUUUCCUUGUGCUAGAUGAUAUAUGGACUCCAGAUCAUAGAAAGUGGGAACAAUUAGAGUUGCCUUUGAUGCAGAAUUGUGCUAAUGGUAGUAGAAUAGUUGUGACCACACGAAAACAAGAGGUUGCUACUAUGGUGGGAACAAGCACGCACAUAAUCCACUUGGAAGAGUUGAGUGAACAAUAUUGUUUAUCAUUAUUCAAUCAUCAUGCAUAUUUUGGCAGGGGAAAAGACGAGUCUAAUGUUUUUGGAGAUAUUGGAUUGAAAAUUGUGAAAAAAUGCAAGGGGUUGCCACUUGCUGCGAAAACUUUAGGUAGCCUCUUGCGCAAUAAAAAAACAAGGAAAGAAUGGCAAGAUGUUUUGGAUAGUAAGAUCUGGGAUAUAGAUGAGGUUGAGCAACAAGUUUUUCAGCCACUAUUGCUAAGUUAUUAUGAUUUGGCCUCAGAGAUAAGAAGUUGCCUUUUAUAUUGUGCAACUUUCCCAAAAGAUUAUCGGUUUGACAAACACAAUUUGAUUGAGUUGUGGAUGUCACAAGACUAUCUUGACCUGAGAAGAAACAAAGAGUUGAAAAAAGUAGGUCAUACUGUUUUUGAUAACUUAGUUCUGCGAUCUUUUUUUCAAGAUCUUGAGGACGAUGUAAUUGACAAGACUACUAUGCAUUGCAAAAUGCAUGAUAUUGUGCAUGACUUUGUGCAGUUCCUCACAAAAAAUGACUGUUUUAUGAUGGAGGCUAAAGAUGAUAAUGAUGAGAUAGAGUCAGUCCCUGCUAACAACAUUGUAGAGCAAGGGAAUGACAAGCUUCGUCAUUUUACUUUAAUGUUUGCACCUUAUGGUCCCUUUCCAUCUUCUGUUUCAUUUGACCAUUGCAAAAAUUUGCGCAGCCUCGCAACUUUUGAGUCCAAAAUCACUGUCAUAGACUCAAAUUUAGUUUCACAAUUGAAAUGUCUUCGGACAUUAAAUUUGAGUCAUAAUGACUUAAAAGAAGUUCCAAAGGAAAUUGGUGAAUUAAUACAUUUGAGGUAUCUUGACUUGACUAAAAAUCGUUCUUUAGAGGAACUACCAAACACACUGGGUAACUUAUGCAACUUGCAGACCUUGCGCCUUCUUUCGUGUCAUAAACUUAGAAAACUACCUGAGACCAUGGGAAAGCUGGUAAGCUUGAAGCAUCUUUACAUUUGGGAUUGUAGUCUUCUGAUGCACUUGCCAAAAGGGAUUGGGAGAUUAACAAGUAUGCAAACACUAGAUGAGUGUCCUCUUUAUGGUGGCGACUCUGAGGAAGCUUGCACAUUUGGAGAUCUGGGAAGGUUGAACCAGCUUCAGGGUAGAUUAAAGAUAAAAGUUUUGGGGGAUUGGAUGGAUGACAGUGAAGCUGAGAAGGCACAUCUUGGUAAGAAAAAACAACUUUUCCAUGUGGAACUAGAUUUUGCAAACUUGGAAAGCAAGAGAAGAAAAAGCAAUGUAGAAAUUGUAGAUGUCUUACAACUACCACAACAUUUGGAGUCUUUAACCAUUGCUUGGUAUGAGGGCGUCUGUACCUGGCCCACUUCGUUGAUGUCAUUAAACAGUUUGAGAAUCCUUUCUCUUUUUCGUUGGACUGUCUGUGAAAUUUUGCCUCCACUUGGGAAGUUGAAUUCCCUUGAAGAACUGAAAGUAUACAAUACGAAAGUCAAAAAGGUUGGAGUUGAAUUUUUGGGAAUAGAAUCUCAAACAUCUUCCUCAUCAUGUAUUUUAUUCCCAAAAUUGAAGAAACUUAAACUUGAACAAAUGCCAGAGUGGGAAGAAUGGGAAGGAGUGGAGGAAGUGUGGAAAGAGGAUUGUAACAUUUCGAUAAUGCCAUGCCUUUCUUCCUUACAAAUUGAUAGCUGCCAUCAACUUAAAACACUACCAGACUUCUUGCGGAAGACAUCACUACUGCAGAAUCUUACCAUCAGUGGAUGUAGGACACUUGCUGAAAAUUGUCAAGAAGGCAGCGGAAAGGAGUGGCCCAAGAUCUCUCACGUCCCAAACAUUGAAAUUGAAGCCCAAUCAUGGAUUGAGAAGCUUUAUGCUAUGUAUUAUGGUGGUCAUGAUGAUGGUGACAAUGUUGAUAUUAAGGAUGAGGAUCAAUGAUCCUGAAAGGCAUGCCGAAAGGAAGAUUCUGCAAAUCAUAGGGUCCACAACAGUGCUACUGGCCAGACAACACCGUGCAGCAAUCACCACAGGAUCUUGUUUUUACAAGCUUGGUAGAAUCCAAAUCAUACUGCAGGAUCAAUGCGCAUCGGCCAUUACAUUUUCUGGUUUUAUUUCUUCAUUUUAAGGUAGACAUCAUAAGAAGCAGUACUCACUCAUGAGAACCAGGAUACUCCGCAAGCUUUGUGUGUCUGAGGUGUGGACGUAAGGGUUGGCAUAUUGUUACAAGCCUUGGGAUGGGAUACAUUUAAAUCAUCCUCAUCCUGUACCUAAGUUGAGGAACCUCUCAGCCUUCAUGGAAAAAACAGAAUGAAGAAGAUUUACAUCCUUGAAUGUCUGGCCCAAGAAUUGUGACAUUAACAUUGAUGAAACUAAUUCGGUGGGAGGAUCGGGAUGAGUAUCCUUAUAGUAAUACCAGAAAUUACUGAGAGGAGAUCAAACUCUGUCAAUCUCAUACACCUUCGAUCUUCUGCAGGGCACAGAAAGACUCGGAGUACUAUAUGGAGAAGCAUGGUCAUCUGAAAAGGCAAAGCUUCAACAUUACUAUAUGGAAAAGCAUGGGAGUACUGGAUGGAAUUGGAUGCCGGUAUUAGGAGAUGUGGCAAGAAUUGCAGAUUAAGAUGACUCAACUAUCUCAGGUCCAACAUUAAACAUGGAGAGUUUUCUUAUGAAGGAAGAUAGAAUAUCAGCUAGUGGUGGAAGCAGAAAUAAUUUCAAGAUCACCUGGUUGGGAAGUCAGAUCUUGAAGUCGCAGUGCUUCAAAGACAACAUGACACUCAGGCAAUGUAGAAGCAUGAAGAGCUCACUAUUGCAUUGGAUUUUUUAUGCUGAUGAUCGAGAUAUGGAGCUAGAUGUAAGGCGCUAGUUGUUAAAUUUCGAUAGAUAUAUGAAGGAGGAUUUUGAAGCAGUGAUAUCUAGAAAACUUGUAUCUUCUGUUUCUGCAUUCAUAUGACUGAAUGGUGGGGUUUUAUAGCCUGAAAGGAAAGGAAGAAUCAAUGGAACCCAAAGUCUUAAGUGAAUUCACUUUUGAGUUCUUAGCAUAUGAGGUGCCAGAGAAGGCAAAGAAAAAGAGUGGCUCAAGAUUGCGAAACCUCAAAAUUCAAGAUGCAUGGUUAGCAAAGGUGGAUGGUCGUGGAGGUAUCUAUAGCUGUUAAUACAAAUGGGAUAGAUGUAAAUAUGGGUCAGGACCGCCCAGUGAAAUACAUAUGAACAUACACUAGCUCUAGAAUUGAGCAUCAAGCAGGGUCUUGAUUUUUCAACAUUGGUAGAAGCGAGUAUCAUAUUGCAGAGACUGAGUUGUAAAUCUUGCUGGUUGUAUUCAUUCCAAUAACAACCAAUAUUGCAUAAUCAUGCUCAUACCUCAAAGUUGCAGUGGCUACCCCAACACCUGAUGAAGCCUUGGUACUCCUUCUGCUAUGCCAAACGCUAGGCUGAGGCAUAAGGAAUUCAGAAUUGCAUUGUUUCUGUCAAGCUUCUGAGUGCUAUGGUAAGUGGUGGAGAUAGAAAUGGUAGCAGGUAGCUUGUUAGGGAUUCUAUGGUACACUUGAGAGUGAUUUGGAGGAGCUAUUCUCUACUUUUAUGAAUCUCAGCACUCUGUGCUUCCAGCUCUUUGAUGGAUCAAGUUGGACUGGUAUUCAUCAUUAUAGCUACCAGCACUGCUGAUCACACUGCAAAUCAAGCUUGCUAAACAGAUGUUAUGCAUGGAAAUGGGUUUCCUUCAAUCCCUAACCUCUCUCCUAUCUUUGCUUUCCAUGGCUGACAUCAAGGUUGUUUGUACCCAGGGGCUGAGUGCCAUCCGCCGCAUGUUUCUCUGUGUUGUUUCCAUUGUACCCUAUUUUCCUUAAUAAAGUACAAUUACAGACCAAGAACUUAAACAGACCUCAAAGUUGCAGUCGCUGGAUUCCUCAAGACAUGAUGACUCUCUGGCCAGGGUGAAGCAGAAAGAAUUGAAUUGGUGCUGCGACUGCUGUCCAGCUGAUUAGUGCUAUGAUUUGAUGCUUGCAUUCUAGGAUCCACUCGACUGAUUGAUGUACAUGCAAUUAGCGUUUUAUAUUAACUAGGAAAUUCCUAUCAGUAGUGGAAGUAAUCCUAUGGAAGAGUACGUACAUGUACAUGCCCCAAGGUGUCAAUUGAAGCCACUUUCGAAUUCAUCAUGUGACAUAAAGGCCACAUGAGGGAAUGUGGCAUGCGGAUGCUUUUGAAAUCUGUAGUAUUAGCUGAAGCAUGUGCAGCUACUUAGAAUUUCAAACUUGCUGCUCCAUCAAACCACCAUCAUAUCACUCCUGGCUGAAGUGAUCUUGUCUCCAUAGUACACUUGCUGAGAUUCCAAAACUCUUCUCUACCUUUCUUGUGGAGUUGGACUACUCACAAAUGAAGCAAAUACCGCUGCUGAUUAUGCUGCAAAUUAAGCUUGCUAAACAGAGCAUAUGCACCCAACAUAACCUCCAACUUCUGUGUGAUUACAUUGAAUUUAUUUUUUCUUUAAUGAAGUACAAUUUCAGACGAAAACCAAAAUGGCGGUAAUAGUUGUACUACUAAGACACUAGUGUAAAGCAAGACCAACAGACCCCAUUACAUAUGGUACUCUUUGUUGGAAGUGCUAGUUGUAUCGCCAGAAGAGUUCGUAUUUGGUAUUAGUCUCUUGUGAUUCUUUAACCAGAAUAGGUGACAUUUUACUGAUAUUUACAUAUGAUUUGGUUGA